UCAAUUUUAAUACCGUAACUGAACAAAGAGUACAGGUUGGGAGCUUUAUUCAGUUCUGCAAGUUUUAUUCGUUUCAAGCCUCUGUCCCAUAGCCUCUUUUCUGUGGGGUGUUUUCAAAUUGAUAUGAAAGGGGAAAUUUCAGUUUUGCACAGUGCUGAUGUUGGAUGUUGGCAGCGAGCCAAGGCAAAAGUCAAUGAAGGUGGGGGGAUUUCUUGUAAUAUUGUAAUCCUGCCCCACGUGGGGUUGUCAACAAGCGCAACUGUAACACACAGGGACAUUUUGCUCGGCACAUACUCAAAGCCAAUCAAGACAGUCAGCAGGGGAAAACCACGCCUCUUGCCGAGAAACUCCGCUGACCUGCUAUAUAACAACCGCAACGCUGCAAGAGCCCAGAAUAACGCAAGAGCUGCCGGUGAAUUGACAGCCUGUAUCUAUCUAUCUAUCAAUUAUUGAACAAGCCCGAUAUACACUUGGAUUACAAUCAUGACUCUGGAACUGGAAGAGAUCCGUGGACAGGAGAACGCACUCGAUACCACCGAUAGAGUGCAAAUUGCAGGCACAGCCCUGGAGGAGCUGUUGGUGUCUGCAAAGAAACAGGACUAUCUUACCGUGGGAGUCUACGAGUCUGCCAAAGUUAUGAAUGUUGACGCAGACAAUGUGGCAUUCUGCGUUCUGGCGACAGACGAGGAGUACGAAUGCGACAUCGCGCUCCAGAUCCACUUCACCCUCAUCCAGGCGUUCUGCUUCGAUAACUACAUCAACGUGGUGCGCGUUAACGACAUCGAGCGCCUGGCUGACCUCGUGGGCACGGACGAAACUGGGGAACCCAAGGACGCACAUUGCAUUCUUGUCACGAGCCCUGGUGCUGGAUCGUGGAAAGACCCUGCUUUGGACAAACUGCAUCUGUUCUGUGAGGAGAGCCGCAGUGUGUAUGACUGGGUUCCCACCAUCACCCUACCUGAACGCUGAACAACUACACCCUCUGCAUGCUUCAUUUGAUGAUGAUGAAGAUGACGAAGAAAGCAUCAAAUAAAUCGGAACCCCCCCCCCAGGGUUUGAAGCCUGCCUGUCUAUUGGAAUAUAAGGCUGUGGCUGUAACCAAGGACCCAGGGUGCAGUGUGGGAAGGCAGUGUGGUUCUGGAUUACUCAUGCGGACUGGCUCAGGUGUAUGUGGACUGGGCCCAUGUCAUGUCAUGAAAUCCCAGACCAGGAUAGGGAGUUGAACUGGAAUGGACUCUGCAGUACACAGAGACAGGUCGUGACCAUUUAGCUGCCCUGGCUAAGGUCAAGAGUUAGGGGUGAACUGAGGAGAUGGUCAGAGAAAGAGAGAGGAGGGAGGAGAAGAGAUGGACUUGUGAAAAUGUGAAACAUGGCUGGAUGUAAAGGUGGUUUUCUUGUAGCAGAAAGAGAUGUGGAAGAAGACGGACUUCAGAAGGUUCUCAGAAGAGAAAGGAAAAUAUUGGACUUCAUUUUUUAAGUUUUACAAAGACACUGGGGAAUGCUCGGAUUGAAACUCAGAGACAAUAACUUUCUUAAUAUGAUGCAAGCAGUUCUUAUAGCCUACCACUGAAUGAACUUGGCAAACAUCAAGUCGUUGGACUAUGAAUUGUAUUGAUUAUUUUAGUGUCAUUCUGUUUGUUAUGAAACUGUAAACACAUUUUACACAAUUUGUUAAUAAAUGCUUUAAACUUUA